GUAGAGUUGAAAUUAGAUAAUAGCGUAACUUUUGUUGUAUUUAAGCGGCCUGACUGACUGACUAAUGAAUGAUAUGAUUUAUCUAUCGAUCUCCCUUCUUUUUGCUAUAUGGGUUCCACUCCGAUCAUGGAAUAGAAACCAUGGAAUUGAAUUCCAUUCCAUUCCAAAAUAGUGAUGGCCAUGGAAGAAAUCUCUCUCCUCUCACAUUCUAUCUUCUCCACCUUCAUUGCUCUCUACACUUUACUUCUCAUCUACUUUCCCUAUUACUUCUUUACAAUUUCCCUAUCUCCCUUACUCAUCUCCUUUACAACAACCUUUCUCUUCAUCGCUCUUCUCAACCUCAAAGCACAAACGGAAACAGAGCCCGGUUCAUCCUCUGCCGGGACAGGGGAAAACAGAGCAGAUCCAGCUGACAAAGAUCAAGAAUGUGUAUUGUCGGAGAAAGAGAAUGAAUUAGAUCCGCGUCCGUUCUGCGAUGAACCGAUUGGUUGGAGCAUUGGGGCGUCAUUGGAGGUCAUAUACGAAGACUAUGAAGGCGAGGAGGAGGAAGAAGAAGAAGAUUGUUUUUUUUCAAAGAUUGAAGGAUACCCUUCUCUUUCACUCUUCUAUCCUGAAACAGAUUCUGAUGAUGAUGAGGAAGAUGAUGAUGACAGAGAUGAGAUGAUCGAAAUCGCGUUGAAUGUAAAGGGAAUACGUGAUUUUGAUCAUCAGGAUGAUGAGGAUGAAAAUUUGAUUGAGAUUGAUAUAUUCUCGCCGGCGAGAACGCCGGAAAAGAUUGAGUUAACCGGCGAUGGUCAAUGAGAGGUUAUAUAUUGAUAACCGUUGUAUUAGGAGCCGGAUUAUGUUUUUCAAGAGCUUAAUUAAGGUUGUUUAAACGGGUGACAGAAUGACUCUUAUACCCCUUAUGUAUUUGCUUUAUGAAAGAAAGUGUCUUUGCACGCCUAUGCUUAAUUACAGUUUUUUUUAAUUAAGCAUGUAUUUACU